CGGCUCAGUUGCUCUCCGAACGCCGGAGAAGCAGGAUCGAUACGGCGUUCGUGUAGCUUCUUUAAUUCGCAUCUGUGAAAAAAAUACAACCUGGCUCCGAGCUAAAGUGAUUGUGUUUCUACCGGUGGAUUAUCGCCCUGUCCGAACUGUGCUAAGUGGUUUAUCAUGAGGGACAUGGCUGGUAAAAUGGCCGAAUUAAAAUUUGAAGCACCCCUGGCUCGCUUCGAAGAGGAGGAGACGUCCAGCCUCAAGAAUAUCAACUUGCUGACAGAGCAACUAUUGGACGCGAGUCUUGAGGCGAACUUUGGCGAAAAUCGUAACGCCAACGAGACCGGAACGACCCGUGGCAACGGUGUGGAUAUUCUUCAGGAGGGAACGUUCAGCCCGUUCAGCGGCAGUCUCGAGGAUCUGGUUAAUACAUUCGACGAAAAAAUCACAUCGUGCUUUCGAGACUAUGGCGCCGAUGUCGAGUCCCUCGCCCCGGUCCAGGUACGGACGCAAGAGGAGAUAAUGAACGAAUGCCAAAUGUGGUGGACAAUCACCGGAAAUUUUGGAAACAUUUUGCCAAUUGAUUGGAGUAAAUCUUAUGCAAGAAAACUGCACAUGCCUGCACUAAAUCUAAACGAAGCGCCUGUUUCACUCGAGAGACAGGAGCUUGAGGACUUGAGCAGCGAAGACGAGGCUGUAGCUACAGACCUGGAUAUGCAUGCCUUGAUUUUAUCUAGCAGCACAGAUACGCACAGCCCUGAGGAGCCACUUAAAACUGCAGAAGAAGUUCUUAGAGAAAUCGAUGACAUCAUGCAGGAGAGUCCAUCAAUGGAACAGUCUGCUGACUCCGAAGGAUCUCUACUGGACGUGGAUGAAACGUUGGAAAGAAGUAAGGAGGUUCUGGGGUCACCACUCUACGAAGAAAAACUGCGUCAGCUGUCAACUGGCCAAUUAACAGAGCUUCUCGGUGAAAUGGAAUCCUUGGUCGGAGCGCUUAGUGAAACUUUAAUAUUCUAUGCCCCACCUAGUAAUCCACCAGUACAUAUCCUCGUACGUGACAUCGCUGUGCUACUCAUUAAGAAGAACAGAUUAAUUAAGAUGCAAAUUGCUCCUCUCUUCUUGCCAUUGUGCUUUCAGCCAUCGUUGUGCUGUGUGUUUAAAAUUUAGGACAGUAUAUAAUAUAGAAUAACAGGUACAGCUACGAAUAUAGUACUACAAUAAAUCUUAUAGAAAUGAGCUCUCAUUGAGAUUUCUCUGUAUUUAUAACUCGACAUGAAAAGGCAAAAAUCAAUCUAAUGCCAUUUGUAAGCUAAUUUGACUCGUGUUUGCACCACGAGAACUCGUUGGGCAUUUUGCGGUGAAAUUUGAAAGAUUGUACAACAAAUUCAAUAACUAUAAAAACGAAAAAACAAUUAUCUCUACUAGUGAAUGUAGCUAAUACAGCUUUAACUGUAUAUUGAUUAUGUUAAUAAUCUAUUGUGACAAGAUCAGAAUUAGAUAAGCUCUCUGAAUACUCUUUUCUAGUCUAUUAAUUUAUAUCAUGUAUAUGUAUAUGUAUAUGUAUAUUUCUUCAGUUUAUACAAUCACUGCACUAGGAUUACCCUUGCCACGUUUUAUGGUGCGCUUGUGUAAUUUGUAUAUUGUUAAUCUUACGUUUUACUCUAUUUGCGACAAGUUGUGAGUGAUUUCAACUUCUUGGCAAUUAUACACACACACAUAUAUACAUAUAUAGGUAUAUAUGUGUAUAGGUAUAUAUAUAUAUAUACACACACACACAUAUAUACCUACAUGUACAUAUUUAAAACUAGAUUUUUACACUAAACACAGAGAUUUUAGUAUACUUGUGUACGGAUUUCUGUGUAUAGGUAUACUUUAACUAAAAUAUCUUUAUCUCUAAUACGGGGUUCCUCGUUAUUGACAUUUAUUCAUGUAACCCAAUGUGCUACAUACGAUGGCAAAAAUCGAGAUCGAACAGAACUGAGUCUCAAAACCCUGUUAAUAUAAAAGCAGCUAUUUGAUAGAAAUUAUAGUUUAUAGUUUACACAGGCCAUUGCAUGAUAUUUCAUCAUACAUACAUAUGUUUCAAUGUAUUUAGAAAUAAUUUAUUAAAUAUGAAGAGGUCAUGUGCAAAUAAUAAAUGAAUUCAUUCGACC